AUGGUCAUACGUGAUGAUGACACGGCAAACCCUCAACGUGUCAUGGGCUCGUCAGAAAUCAUGAGGCAGCAACGAGAGCAAGGCGGUCUUUCUGAAGAACAUUCAGAAGCCGAAUGGACACUUGAACCCACGCAAGGACAUGUAUUCGACGCUACAAGUCCGAGAGAAAAAGUCACCCUGCAAGCUGGCCACCGAUUUUUCCAUACCAAGAUCGACACCCUUGUACAAAGGAGCAGGUACUUCCAGGAUCUCUUUUAUGGAGAAUUACCGGUGGAAAAACAACAGGACGGUUCCAUUUUCCUUGACGUCGACCCCAACGUUUUUGAACACCUUCUAAGGUACAUGCGUCAUGGGCUUUUCCCUCUAGCCUUCAGUCAGAAGGAUGGCCAUGACUACAAGCUGUACGCCGACAUCCUUAAAGAGGCUCUUAAAUUCCAACUGCCCCUGCUGUGCGACUGGCUGAAAGGGGAGUAUUAUCACAAGUGCGUCUCCUGGCGAGUUUCGAGCAAAGUGCAGAAUAUGGAAGAUGGAAUAUUUGCCGCAGACAACAGCUACAGCACGAUUCAAUUCCUCCCGUUUAAGGAACUAGAAAGGAAAAUCUACAUCUGCCCCCGUGAGAUCCCGAGUCAUAGGGAUCGCCCUGAACGUUGCGGCAGGGCAUGUUUUAGAGCACUGGGUAAUAAUGAGCCUGCUUACGAGAAAGAAAAAGUGACUACUGCAUGCCUGCUAGUUGAGAAAAAGUAUGAGAUAAAUCGGGAAUGGAUGAUGGACUCUAGCUCAUACUUAGUUCUCAGAAAUAACAAAGAGAAGCAUGGUGAAAUAUCCAAUGAGAAAGAUUAA